GUAAACAAGGGGUAUUUGUGUCUGCUUUCACGAUGCAAAGCUUCAGACGCGUCGUCCGUAACCACGAACGAGAGGCGCUAUUGCAAAGUGCAGCGGCCUGGAGCCCUAUAUACCGAGCUGGGUCGAAGGCUCACCGCAUCAUCGACCGACAUCGGUUCCCGGAUCGCCCGUUAUCCCCUGUUGCCAUCGUGCCAUAUCGCCGUGACCGAGCGCUAUCUGACCCCUUUGCUGAUUUCGUGUCGACCGAGCCAGGUUUCGUCCCCUCAGUGGUGCUUGUGCCAGAAAGUGUUGCAGGAUAUUUGAGAGCAUCAUUUGAACCUUCGCUUCUCGCUCGAUCCCGCCAGGGCUCGAGCAGUAGCACCUCAAGCUCGGAGGCAUCGGUGUAUUAUUCGGAGGACGCGUCGCCAGAGGUAGACCCCGCAGCGUACCACGGACAUCAAGGAAUAGAGAACCCAUUUGACUCCAUAUACGAGGUAGUAUAAAUGAAAUGUACCUUCGGUACCCAUACAUACACCCGAUUGGAAAUGGAGAGCACG